AGGAGGACGCGCCGGAGAACCGCAGAUGGCCUGUUUGGGGUAUUUGGGAUCACCCUUGGAGGCGGAGGAUCGUCCGUCCCGCUCACCUGUGCCUACUGACCGCAAUUGCGUCACCCUAGCCCUGCCCUGAGCCCAGCAGCCCGUCCCCCUCAGUCGGUCUCCAGCAUGGCUCUAGCAGUCUGGUUCAUCCUCACAUGUGCUGUCACCUUAAGUAACAUCACACCCACUUCUCAAGCUCUGAGUCGGUCGGCCAUGCCCUUCGGCCUGAUGCGUCGGGAGCUGGCAUGCGAGGGCUACCCAAUCGAGCUGCGCUGCCCUGGGAGUGACGUCAUCAUGAUUGAGACGGCCAACUACGGUCGUACUGAUGACAAGAUCUGCGAUGCAGACCCCUUCCAGAUGGAGAAUGUGCAGUGUUACCUGCCCGACGCUUUCAAGAUCAUGUCACAGAGGUGUAACAACCGCACCCAGUGUGUGGUGGUGGCAGGGUCGGACGUGUUCCCGGACCCCUGCCCGGGGACCUACAAGUACCUGGAGAUCCAAUAUGAGUGUGUUCCUUACAAAGUGGAUCAAAAAGUUUUUGUGUGUCCGGGGACCCUGCUACGGGUGCAGGCGGCCAGUUCCCUUCAGGAGGCGGAGCAUCAGUCGGGGGCGUGGUGUAAGGACCCGCUGCAGUCGGGAGACCGCCUGUACGUCAUGCCUUGGACCCCCUACCGCACCGACAUGCUGUACGAGUAUGCCUCCUGGGAGGACUUCAAACAGAGCCGAGCCACCACCACCUACAAGUUGCCCAACCGUGUGGACGGCACGGGCUUCGUGGUGUAUGACGGCGCUGUGUUCUACAACAAAGAGCGCACGCGCAACAUCGUCAAGUAUGACCUGCGGACGCGCAUCAAGAGCGGCGAGGCCAUCAUCACGAACGCCAACUACCACGACACGUCGCCCUACCGCUGGGGAGGCAAGUCAGACAUUGACCUGGCUGUGGAUGAGAACGGCCUCUGGGUCAUCUACGCCACUGAGGCCAACAACGGACGCCUGGUGGUCAGCCAGGUGAACCCUUACACCCUGCGCUUUGAGGGCACGUGGGAGACCAGCUUCGACAAGAGGCUGGCAUCCAACGCCUUCAUGGCCUGUGGCGUGCUGUAUGCAGUGCGCUCCGUCUAUCAGGACGACGACAGCGAGGCUGGCGGGGACUUGGUGCUCUACGCCUACAACACCAACCGUGCCCGCGAAGAGCCCGUCCACAUUCCCUUCCCCAACCCCUAUCAGUAUGUCUCCUCCGUGGACUACAACCCUCGAGACAACCAGCUCUACGUCUGGAACAACUACAACGUGUUGCGGUACCCCUUGGAAUUCGGACCACCGGACCCCACCACAGGCCCUUUGACCACCACCCAAGUGACCACUACUGCUGCAGCCAGGCCUUUCACCUCCAGCGCCAGCCCUGCCACCACCCGCCCACUGGCCCCCACCUCACGCCCCAUUGGCUCCAUCAACAAGGGCCCUGACCUCCGGCCAAUCACAGCCACAGUGCCUGUGACCCGCCGCCCGCCCCGCCCGCCCCAGGGCCCUGAGCUCCAUGUGUGUGAGGCCAGAGUGGCCAGGGGAGUCCAGUGGCCCACUACACAAAGAGGAGACACAGUAGACCGGCCGUGUCCCAAAGGAUCACUUGGCAUCGCCUCCUUCCACUGCUUGGCGGACCAGGUCAUGUGGAACCCGCGGGGGCCUGACCUGAGUAACUGCACCUCCCCCUGGGUCAACCAGGUGGCCCAGAAGAUUAAGAGUGGUGAGAAUGCUGCCAACAUAGCUGGUGAGCUGGUGAACCACACGCGGGGGCGUAUUCACGCCGGUGACGUCAGCUCUUCCGUGCGCCUGAUGGAGCAGCUGCUGGACAUCCUGGACGCCCAGCUCCAGGCCCUGAGGCCUGGCAACAAGGAGUCAGCCGCACGCAACUACAAUAAGCUCCAAAAGCGAGAGCGGACCUGCCGGGCCUACAUCCAGGCGGUGGUGCAGACAGUGGACAACUUGCUGCGUUCCGAGGCUCUGGAGUCGUGGCAAGACAUGAACAGCACGGAGCAGGCCCACACGGCCACCAUGCUGUUAGACGUCCUGGAAAAAGGAGCUUUCCUGCUGGCCAACAACAUGUAUGGAAACCGCUUUUCCGACCGGGCCGCCAACAUUGAUCUGGAGGUUCACGUGCUCAACACCGAGAUGGACCUACAUGACCUGUCCUUCCCGCAGAACUACGCCAGUGACAGCGCCAUCCAGCUGUCCGCCUCCACAGUCAAACAGUACAGCCGCAACGGCCAAGUGAAGGUAGUCUUUGUCCUCUAUAAGAACCUCGGCUCCUUCCUGUCCACUGAGAAUGCCACGGUGAAGAUGGAACUCGAGGCGGGGCCAGGACAAGGUGGGCGGGGCCUGGCAGUCAACUCCCACGUCAUCGCCGCCUCCAUCAACAAGGAGUCCAGUAGAGUUUUCCUCACCGAGCCGGUGGUCUUCACACUCAAACACCUGCAGUUGGAGGACCACUUCAAUCCAAACUGUUCCUUCUGGAACUACUCGGAGCGCUCCAUGACGGGCCAGUGGUCGUCGCAGGGCUGCAGGCUGCUGGACACCAACAGCACGCACACAACCUGCUCCUGCAGCCACCUCACCAACUUUGCCGUACUCAUGGCUCACCACGAACCCGACUACCCGGGCCGGAUGCAUGAGCUGAUUCUGUUCGUGAUUACUUGGGUGGGGAUCGUUAUCUCCCUGGUGUGUCUGGCCAUCUGCAUCUCCACCUUCUGCUUCCUGCGCGGCCUGCAAACUGACCGCAACACCAUCCACAAGAACCUCUGCAUCAACCUCUUCAUCGCAGAGCUGCUUUUUCUCAUUGGCAUCGACAAGACCCAGUACCACAUCGCCUGUCCCAUCUUUGCCGGCCUUCUGCACUUCUUCUUCCUGGCCGCCUUCUCCUGGAUGUGUCUGGAGGGCGUGCAGCUCUAUCUCAUGCUGGUGGAGGUCUUUGAGAGCGAGUACUCGCGUAAGAAGUACUACUACCUGUGCGGCUACUGCUUCCCUGCGCUGGUGGUGGGCAUCUCUGCGGCCAUAGACUACAGGAGCUAUGGGACCAAGAAAGCAUGCUGGCUGCGAGUGGAUAACUACUUCAUCUGGAGCUUCAUUGGUCCUGUUUCUUUUGUUAUUACGCUCAACCUGGUUUUCCUCAUGAUCACGCUGCACAAGAUGACUCGCAACUCCUCAGCGCUCAAACCCGACUCCAGCCGUCUGGAUAACAUUAAGUCAUGGGCUCUGGGGGCCAUCGCCCUGCUCUUCCUGCUGGGUUUAACCUGGGCGUUUGGGCUCCUCUUCAUCAACGAGAACACAGUCAUCAUGGCCUACCUCUUCACCACCUUCAAUGCCUUCCAGGGCAUGUUCAUCUUCAUCUUCCACUGUGCUCUGCAAAAGAAGGUCCAUAAGGAGUACAGUAAGUGUCUGCGUCACUCCUACUGCUGCAGCCGUACCUCCACCACCAGUUCUCAUGGCUCGCUGAAAAAUUCGGCCCUACGUGCCAACAACCGCUACUACAGCGGCAGCCAGAGCCGCAUCCGCCGGAUGUGGAACGACACGGUUCGGAAGCAGACGGAAUCUUCUUUUAUGGCGGGAGAUAUCAACAGCACCCCGACACUCAACCGCGCGACCAUGGGUAACCACCUCCUGACCAACCCGGUGCUGCAGACCCGCACCGGCACCUCUCCUUACAACACAUUGCUGGCUGACAGCUUCACACCGCCCUCGCCAGGCGUCUUCAACUCCACUGGAACCUUCCGUGACCCAAAGAGCACAUUAUCUAAGGUGCGUGACCCAUGCGGGAUGGAGACCCUGCCCCUGAAUGGUAACUUCAACAACAGCUACUCGCUGCGCGGCGGAGGAGCAGGAGGAGGCAUACGGCGAAACCUCUCGGACGCGGCGGCCUUCGAGAAGAUGAUCAUCUCCGAACUGGUGCACAACAACCUGAGAGGUGGCGGAGGCGACAGGGUGUGCGGCAGCCUGGCCAGGGGACGCCCCCAUGGCGGGGUUGGCCGGGGGGCUGUGACGGGAGCUGGGCCGGAAAGGUCGAUGGGCUUGGACGAAGACGAAGACUUCUUGUCUAGUGAGGGGUGCCAGCGCACGCCACAGGACGUGGAGCUGCUCUACAAGGCCCUGGAGGAGCCCCUGCUGCUGCAGCGCGCCCAGUCCGUCCUGUACCAGAGUGACCCGGAGGAGUCUGAAAGCUACACAGCCAACCUCACAGAGAGCCUGGGCAACAGCGGACACAGCAAUGCUGGGCAGGGGAGUAACGGGGCGCCCGACUCACCUGCCCGGGACUCCCUGUACACCAGCAUCACCAACCUGCGAGACUCGCCCUACCCAGACAGCAGCCCCGAGCCCCUGGAGGUGGUUCCCCGCUCUGCCCAGCCCCCUGAGGAGCUGUACUACAGCUCGGGGAGGCCCGCCCUGGGCUCUCGUGGGGCCCCCAUGCAGACCUUCUACCAGGCCCCGCCCCGCAGGCCGAGCGGGGAGGGACACCAAGGUCAGGAGCCCGCCCACAGUGAGGGAGACGGACAGAUGCAGCUGGUGACCAGCCUGUGACGGGAGCCCCGGGGGAUACCAGAGACUCCUCCGCUCCCGCUCUCGCUUUCUCUCCACUUCCUGCUUGUUUAGAUGCCUUUCUUUUACUCUCAAUUUCUUACCUAACUGACGGACGAGCAGAGACAGAGAGACGUUUAAGCUGGCGAACAUUCGUCUGAGAGACUUUAACUCCCCCAGUUGGGGU